AUCGCUCGGUGGGAAAUUAAUUCAAGUGGCGCUCGCCAGGUGUCGGUGCGUCACGAUGAAUAGUAGUUCUCCCGAAUUAACUUUAGAUUUAGAUUAGUCUGAGGCAAUUAUCGCGUAUCGUCCAGUCAUGGCGAAUAUAAAAAAGUCCGUGAGACUUUUCGGCGAUCUUGGGAAGUAUUUAGACUUCUAUUCGCAGUUUAAUCCGUCUCCUCUUUCUAUCAAGCAGCUGGCCGAUUUCGGUAGGCAAGCAUGCGAGAAAACGUCCUUUUUAUUUUUGAGGAAAGAGCUUCCGGUUCGCUUGGCAAAUAUCAUGAAAGAAAUACAGUUACUGCCAGAAAGUUUAUUAAGAAUGCCAUCUGUUAUGCUGGUUCAGAGCUGGUACGAACAAAGUUUCGAAGAAAUCUUGGAAUUUGAGAAGGAGUCUCCCGAUAACAGUAAAAUUUUAUUCGAAUUUUGGGACAAACUGUCAAAGAUACGUAACCGCCACACAAAUGUGGUGCAGACGAUGGCCGAAGGUGUGAUCGAGCUGAAGGAGUCCCAUCCGGUAGACCAGCACGUGGAACGUAGCAUCCAGUAUUUUCUAGAUCGAUUUUACAUGAGCAGAAUAUCCAUCAGGAUGCUCAUCAAUCAACACACGUUACUGUUCGGUUCAGAAUUAAAUGGCCAUCCCCGUCACAUCGGCAGCAUCGAUCCCAACUGCCACGUUUCGUCCGUGGUUGAAGACGCCUACGAGAAUGCGAAAUUUCUCUGCGACCAAUAUUAUUUGACAUCACCGGAUAUCACCGUAGAGGAGCAUAACAGUAAGUGUCUUUUGUUAAUUACCCCAAAAAGAAACUGCAAAUCUGAAGUGGACAAAUUUAUUUUAGUCCUGUCGCCGAAUAGUCCGGUUUCCGUAGUAUACAUACCUUCGCAUCUGUAUCACAUGGUUUUUGAACUUCUGAAAAAUUCCAUGAGAGCGGUGGUGGAACAUCAUGGAACUGCAUGUGAAGCCUAUCCUCCCAUACAUGUUCUCAUCGUAGUGGGAAAAGAAGAUUUAACGAUUAAAAUUUCGGAUAGAGGCGGCGGAAUUCCUCACGGCCAUGUUGAUGCUCUCUUCCAGUAUAUGUACUCCACAGCACCUGUUCCUCCGCGAUCGGGAUCCAAUUCCGCUCCUUUGGCUGGAUACGGGUAUGGGCUCCCUCUUUCACGCCUCUAUGCCAAAUAUUUCCACGGUGACCUGAUCCUGUCCUCGUUGGAAGGUUACGGAACGGAUGCGGUGAUAUAUUUAAAGGCAUUGUGUGACGAAGCCAACGAACUGUUGCCCGUUUUCAAUAAAACCACCAGCAAACACUAUCAGGCAGUGGUCAACAGACACGACUGGAGCAUACCCGUUCUGACUCAAAACGUUCCUUCGUCUCGCUGGUCCAAUAAUUGGCGACUGGGCCACCUGGCGGAUCAGUCCACCGGAAAUCGACCUCACCUGGCCGUCUAACAUAGUUUGGGUUGUGGAAACUCUUAUCUAAUCUAGGACGUUUUACACCUCCGUAUCCCAAAGUGUAUAGUUUUUAAAACACUUUGUACGCAUUAAUUUUUUUAUUUAUUCUUUUUGUAUUUUAUUCUCGAACCUGGAGCCAAUUGCCAAAGUAAAAAAAACGAUUUGUCGUCGGCUCUUAAAAUAAUAUACGUGCAAUAGACAAAUUGCAAAUUAAUAACAGUUUUGGCAACUGCAACGUUCGAGAAUCAGACAUCAUAGCCGUUUGUUAAUGCAUAAAUUUGUAUAAACAAAAUCCAACAUUGUAAUAUAAGAAAAUUGUUCUAUAGUGUAAGUUACUGCAAUAUUUAAUAAAUGUGAAAUUACAGAUUAUCGGCA